ACUUAUAGUCACGCCUCUCCGAGAAGGUAGUAUUUGUACGCAGAACUUGUGAGUGCUGCUUGGUUAGAGUGGUUUCUAUUACUAGUUGUAAACUAUUAAUCCGAGUGCAUAAGGAUUCACUGAAAUGUAGAUAAAACUAAAAGGUUAAGGGAAAAUACCGUCAACGUUGACUAAGAAGUAUAAAGACCACAAAGUUGAAUUACCGUUUUGCAGUACUGUCAUUUUUGUCCAGAAAGGAACCAAAAUGGUUGCCAUAAGGAGUUCGAAUGUUGUGUCGAGUGGCUACUAUACUGCUGUGUACGUGUGUGUGUCUUUUCUUGUAGUGAUGCUAAUUUGUUUACUUUUUUAUGUCCUGUGCUCCAGACGAUACAAAUUAAACUGGUUCGAAAGAUCUAGUUUAAUUGCAGCUGAAGAAACAAGAAGAAUUAUGUCAUUAGAAACUACAGAGGAGAAAGAAAUCGGAAACGUUUUGAAAAUGACACGGAAAUCUCGUGGCAUUUUUUUAUCAUCUCGGAGCAGCGGAAGAUUAGAAAACCCAUUGAAACAGGAUUCAAGUGAGUUCUGGGUUCCACAAAGUCUUCAAAAACAGCUAAUUGUUGGUGACAAAGACUGCGAUUUAAGAGAGAAAAGCCUUCCGGAGUCACCCAACACCCCAGUAGGGAUUAAAGUGUCACCUUUUACUCUAGCCCAGACUGGACCAGUAUCGAUGGAGAAGGGUAUUCCUACUUUGUUCAAGUAUGCACAAUCACCAGUGGCGCCAAAAGUCACCUCAAUGUAUUCCAAACUCGAUCACAAAAAAAUCGAUGCUACCAUGUACCUAGAAGGGAUUAAUGGAACUGCUGAUCCUUAUGCCAAGGUUAGGCUAUUGUCAGAUCCCGAGAAUUUUCGUCUAAGUUCCGUGCACCACAAGACGCUGAACCCGAGUUUUAAAGAAGACUUUGUGUUCAUCAUUCCAGAAGAUGAGUUACAGCAACAAACCAUUGAAGCCCUGCUUUAUGAUUACGACCAAUACUCUCGACACACGUGCUUAGGUCGUGUGCGGGUUUCUCUACAAAAUCUUGAUUUAACCGAAAAAGUUACUUUGUUGGAAAGAAUAACACAAUGUGAAGAAGAAGAUGAAAAGCCUGAUCUUGGUGAUCUUAUGUUGUCACUGGGUUAUCUACCGAGUGCUGAACGUCUGACUGUAGCAAUACUCAAAGCUAGAAACUUACAACCAAGGGAUGAUACAAAGAAAUUCUCAGAUCCGUAUGUAAAAGUUGUUCUUGUACAAGAUGGAAAACGUUUCAAGGAAAAGAAGACCAGUAUUGAACGUGGCACCUUGAAUCCUGUCUUUAAUGAGGCUCUGACAUUCAACGUUGCUGAAGAUCAGUUGAAGAAUCUCACAUUGGUAAUAACGGUAAUGAACGAUAGUAUUCUUGAUCAGAAUGAGAUUCUUGGUCGGGUGGUCAUUGGUCCGAAAUCAAAAGGAAAAGAAGCGGCACACAUGAGAGAUAUGCUUUUCACGAAACGCUCUGUAACAAUGUGGCACACCCUUAUUGGAGCGACCUUACCCAUAGAAGUUCGUACUUAUUAACGUUUUAGAUGUUCUUAGACAGGUCAACAACACUGUUUACAAACAUCGACUGUUCUCCUUUGGUGUAAUUGUCCCAUUCACGGUCUAUGAUAACCUUGAACCUAAUCCUGUUUGAUUAAAAUCUAGCUUUCUCUCUGAGAAGGAAAUUAAUUAUGUAGUAGAACUUAGGUCGAGUAAAAGCUGUUGUUUCUCUAUCAUCAGGGGGUUCUCAACCUUUAUGCUACCACGAAAUCCUUAUUUGCAAUGGAACCCUGUCGUACAUAUAUAUAUAUAUAUUAUAUGUAUUAUGUUAUUAUUGCAGGUGCAAAUGAAACUUAACAUUACAUUAAACUUAUUUAAUUAAAUUAGUCAUUGUAAUGUAUAUCUGUUUUAACCUGGGAGCAAAAUAAUUAAAAACAGUUGAUAAUUAUAAAAACAAAAUAUCCAAAUAAAUGAUACAUAGGCCUUAACAGAAAUAUUUGUUGUUUAUUACUACCUCAAUUCAAUGUUCUGAUUGGUGCUGCCUGCCGUCGAAGAGUUUCUUGAAAUUAGCUUCAACGUGAGAUAUUGGCAGCCAUAUAUCUGGUUCAACAUCAAGCCUAGUCCGAUAUUUUGUUUUCGUUGCACUGUACUUGAAAAAUCCCGCCUCAUAUAAGUAUGUAGUUGCAACGGGAAGUAGCUUGUAUACAACAAGCUUAUAAAUUUCAGGAAACUCUUCUCUCAGGUGAGCCCAAAAACUGAUUAAUGGUGUGUUUCUGAAACUGUCUUUUAACGCCGUAUCUGCACUAAUAUCUAUCAGCUGUUCAGUUUCUUUCACACUUAGAUUUCUGACGGAUGCAGUUAAAGGAUUUCUCAGCCAACAUAAAUUUCCUUCUACAGGUGGAAAAUACAUUUUAAUGGUGUGUUGUAGGUCUUCAAAUGUUGAAUAUUAUCUCGGCGAACACUGUCAUUGAUUGGACUAUUCAGUUAUGUCAGCAAAUCAUGUAUGUUGGGAAAAAAAUCGGUGACAUUUUUCUUUAUGCAUGUUUCCCAGAACUCCGUUUUUAGCAAUAUCGAUUCAGUUUUCUCUCGAGUGGUUAAAAUAGUUAUGGUUGUUCCUUUAAGAGCUAGAUUCAAUUUACCCAAAACAUCAGCCAGAUAGCCCAGUAUUCGUAGCCACACAGGAUCAGACAAACGUGGUCAAAGUCUAAAAUUCAAACCCAUACUGUCACAUCUUUCUUUUACAAUUUGCUAAUAGGUUUCCCUGACGUCCACCAUCAUUACAUUUAUAACCAAUAUAAAGCCUAGGUUUCAACCCAUCCAUUACUAUAUUUUUAUCACUUCUUUAUACAGAUAACUGACAUUUUGGGUUGAUGGAAAAAAUAAAUUACUACGAGAACGCUUCGAGGAGCUUAGCUGAAUUUUUAACGGCUUUUCUCACAUAUUUAGAGAGCCAGAAAAAUUGUGACAGUUACAAAACAAUCUCAGCUUUUUUUUUAUAUUACUACCAUUACAAUUUUUUUCUUGCGGAACCCCUGAAACCAGUGCGCGGAACCUUAGGGUCCCGUGGAACCCAGGUUAAGAAACCCUGAUCUCUUUACUCUAAAUCUAUUAUACUGUAGAAAUAUUGUUGUAGCUUGCAUAAAUGAUAUUAGAUGGCGCAGUAAAACGAUGUGGGGGAGGGGGAUUGAAAUGUUGAUAAAAAGACCUAAAUACCGAUAAAGAGAUGAUGAUGAUGAAAGCUUUCCAGAGUGUAUGGCACAAAGUUAAAGUUUCAAAAGUCCCAAAUGAAAUUACUGUAAUGUAUUAUUCGCUGGCUUUCCAACUUCGGAGAUAAUAGAAAAGCUAGGAUAAAUGUAUCAGGCAUCUUGGAUUAGUUUACUCCAGAGGCAGGUGUCUCGCAAGGAGGGGUAGUUAGCCAUAUACUAUCCAUCAUGUAUGUGAAUGAAAUAUCGUCGUUUCGUCCAAAUUCCUGCUUCUGUUCUCAGUUUGUUGAUGAUGUGGGUAUAUGGAAGAGCUCCUACGCUCCGGCCAUACCUACAACUGAACAAAAUACAAAAUUUCUGUAACACAGGAGAAUUAAAAUAAAUGCUCCAAAAACACUAAGUACAUAAAAUGGGGCACACUGCAAGGGAAUGCAAGUUUGUCAUCAACAAUUAACAGCAGAAAUCUCAAAAUAAAGCAGCUGAUAAGAACUCAACAAACAAAAGAGAAGCUAUGCUUGUUAUAAAAUGGGGCACAUUGUGAAGAAGUACACGCCUAUAACCAACAAGCAACAGCAGAAAUAUCAACAUAAAGAUGGUGUUGGAAAGAAACAAGAAAGAGUGACUAUUACCAUGAAUGCUGUUGUCAGAAAAUACAGAACAGAAACAAUAUGUCCAAUUCACCACAAGAAGGAAUUGCUAUCUCCGUGAUUAAGCACUACAUAACUGAUGGUCAGCUCAAGUUAGCAAAUGUAUCCACAGUGCCAGUAGCGAUUGGAGCAUGAGACAAACACCGAGAGGUGCCAGUAAACCACAACAUGCUAGUAGAUGAAGGCAAUGUUGGGGACAAGAAAGUGAAGGUCCAACGAGACAUUGCAUGCAGCAGUGAGAACCACUCUAGUAUAUGACGACCAGAUAACAGGCAAGGUACAUCUGUGUGUGCUGAUUGAUGGCACUGUGAGAGUUUCGCAUAGCAAGAAUAAAAGUGGACACUCCAUGAUACAUGGGAGACCUUGAAGACAUGUGUAUGAAAGCACCCAUAUAUGACUUGGUGAUUGGAAAUAUACCAAGUGUUAGAAGUUUGGAGUAACCAGACAGAAAGAAGACUGAUGAAGCAUCUGCAGUCACCACUAGAGCUAAAGAAAAGAAAACUAAGCAAGAUUUCAAACCCCUUCAAGUCUUGAAAAGUGACAUCCCGAUUGUAGGCCUACAGGAACUGAGGGAAGCACAGAAGAAAGAUCCUUCACUGCAAAAACUUAGGGACAGUGCCCAGUAGAAAGUCGAGCACAAGACAAAGGGGAAAGGGAC